UUUAUAGGAAUAUAUAAAAUAUAAAAUAACUGCAAGGAAUAAUUCACGUGAGCAGAUGAAUAUAAUUCGUUAAUAAUCACAAAUGUAGUUCAACUAAAUUUGAACUUUUCAGAAACUACACAGAAAAAAAAUGGUGCGUUGAAUUCACUCCAUUUUAUUUUGGCGGGUGGUUGCACACAAUAGAAUCAUCUGAAGUAGACCAAAUAUCUCCUUAAACAAGGUAUCUGGCUCCAGAUGAUUUUAUUUCAUGUAACCACUUGAUAAAAUAAAAUAAAACAAAUUCAGCACGCCAUUUCUUUCAAUGUAGAAGCCUUUCACAUUAAUCAGUAUACAAAAAGUAGCCCUCAGUUGCCAUAACGUUGCUGACCCUACCUAUCAAGUUCUAUCAUACGUGUGGUCACGUGUCACAUAUUUUGUUGUUGUCACGGAUUUUGUGGCGAUGGUGCCAAAGGAUGGAGCCAAAUGCAGGGAAGCAGUAGAAGCGAAGCGAGAAAGUGAGUGCAAUAUGACUUGUUCAGAUGUUAAAAUGGAGAUCCAAGAAGAUGAGCAAGGCCUGUGUACAGACGACGACAAAUUGCCGAGGCUGGUACGAUACCAAGCCACAAAGGUCGGAGAGGAUGAGACCGAGGUUUUGCACGACCUGCUGCAGAUGAAAACUGCUGUGUUCGGGUCCCUGCAGGUUGUCAGUGGACUGCCCAGUGUUGGAAUUGGUCUUACCAUGGCUGUAAGCCUGAGGAUCAAUGAGUCGCUUGUCACGCUCUUCAGAGUUGCUCACGUGACCGGGAUGCUUUUCAUUCUUGCAGGAGUUGUCUCCAGCGUGCUGAUAAGAUAUCCGGUUUUAAUAACUGUGUCCCUUGCGAUCAACAAAGCUUGUAUCGUUUUCGCAAUCGUCGCCGUUGGGUUGAUAACCACUGACCUGACGGAAUGGACUCAUAAAGGAAAUUAUUUGAUGAUGGUGCUGAUGGAACUUUGCAUUUUGGGAUUUCAGCUUUUGCUCAGUGUAAUUCUCUGCGUGUGGAUCUCCAAAGUGAAAUGCGGCACGUUGAAUAAUUAAACUCAUUUGCAAACGAAUGUUUGAAUUGUGA